CUUAAUAAUGACAAAUGAAUGGUUGCAUGUAUUUUAUGGCUGUUUUAAAGUGUGAUGUCGCCAUUACUUUAGUAACCGCGUGGGGGUCACACGUACGUGGGACUUCUAAAAGAACUGCGGUGUAACCGGGCUGAGUGUAACAUCGGAAAAGAUUAGUAGCAACAACGACUAGCAUCGUUUGGGACAACUUAUUCAUUCGUUUCAAUGAAAUUUGUAUGCGCCUGAAUAUAUUUUAUUAGUUUUAUGGUGGAAGUAAGAACGUUCUCAACUUUAGCUACUAAUACGAGUGUUUCAAGAUGGCUGACUCGAAUGAGAAGUUGUUGGCGGAACUCCUGAAAAAGUCAGGAAACAACGUGUGCGCUGAUUGCGGAUCGAAAAAUCCAGAAUGGGCAUCGUACAAUAUUGGGAUAUUUGUAUGCACAAGGUGUGCAGGUGUACAUCGAUCUAUGGGAGCUCAUAUAUCCAAAGUAAAGCAUCUCAAGUUAGACAGAUGGGAAGAUUCUCAGGUUAAAAGGGUUCGGGAGGUUGGAAAUAUUGCAGCACGUCUUCGAUAUGAGGAACGGGUACCUUCUUGUUACCGUAGACCAAAUCAGGAUGCACCACAAGUUCUGGUAGAGCAAUGGAUAAGAGCAAAAUAUGAAAGGGAAGAAUUCUGUCAUCCUGAGAGACAAAAUCAUUAUGUCUCAGGAUUCAUGGAAGGCUUUCUGAUGAAGAGGGGUAAAGAAGAUUCCAGAUAUCAUCCUCGGAAGUUCGUGUUAAGUGAAACUGAAGACACACUCAAGUAUCAUGUUAAAGAAAAUAAAGAACCAAAGGCCAUCCUCAAGAUAUCUGAAUUAAACGUAGCUUUUGCACCUGCCAAAACAGGAAUACAAAACAGCCUGCAAAUCUCAUUCAUGAAAGAUGGCACUACAAGGCAUAUUUAUGUGUACCACGAAGAUGCGGAGGUGAUAACAAAUUGGUACCUUGCCAUUAGAUGUGCGAAACUACAUCGUCUUCAAGUAGCAUAUCCCGGUGCAACUGAGUCAGAAUUACUCUCUCAGCUGACAAGAGAUUUUCCGCGUGAAGGAUAUCUCUGGAAAACCGGUUCAAGGCACUCAGACGCUUACAAAAAAAGAUGGUUUACCUUAGAUGGUCGUAAACUGAUGUACCACGAUGAUCCUAUGGACGCCCAUCCAAAAGGUGAAAUCUUCCUGGGUCACAGUUCGGACGGCUUCGCAGUGAAAUCGGGUGUACCACCUGGUGCAAAGGAUCAAGGAUUCUCUUUUACGUUGGAAACCCCAGAUAGAAGUUUUCUUCUAUCAGCACAAAGUGAUGACGAUCGAGCUCAGUGGAUGAAUGUCAUCCAAAAGGUUAUAGACAAACCUCUAACACCACAGGAUGCUGCUGUUGCAGCGCGAUUGGUGAGGAAACGCACAGCUAGUGGAACUAUGAACAUCUUCUCCUCGGCGAGGUAGGGCUGGACCCCUGAUAGACGCCUAACCUAAUAUGCUGUUAAGCAUCAAAAUAGAGCAAAAACAAGGCCAAGACCGACCUCGGCAGGAUAAUCUAGACCUUUACUAGGUUAAGAUUUUUUCAAGUCCGCAUGGUAUAGUGAGGCUUUCUUAUUACGUUCUUAUUUUCCUUGUAAAAAAUUACAUCGCACACAAUUUUUGAAUAACGGUUUCUGAGAUUGCGUGUUGUCCAGCGAAACUAGAAAAGAAUAAAUUCGCUCGAAAAUGCACAAACAAAAUACCUUUUAAAAUUGAUAUUUUAAUGAUGAAAAAGAGAAAGAUGAUGAUGGGAAGCUACAAGAAUCUGAGGAAAAGCGAAAGAAAAAAUAAAAUAAAUAAAUAAAAAAUGGGUACGUAAAACAUACGAAGUAGUUUACGAAUCAAAAAGUGGUUGAAACUGUAAGAUAGAAACAGGAAGAGAUCAUUUUUCAGAAGAAACGAAAGAGAUUCAGAGAUCAGAAAGAAACGAAAUAGCGAAUUUUACACGAGUCACGAAUUUUCACUAUUAUUUUCAUUGUUGUUGUUGUGAUGGUGGUGACUAUGAUGAUAAUGGUCAUAAUAGGCGACCGGACAGGUCCCCGCCAGGAUUAUUCAUGUCGGGACAAUGCUCAAAAAAGAUAAAAAAUAAUUGCAUGUUUAAGAUUGUCUAAAUAAACAUAGGCAGGCAGAUAGACAUUUCACAUAGCAAUAAAAGUUCAAUAAUCGCGAAUUAACCUGCCGAAUUACUAAAAAUGAGGAAAAAAAGAAUAAUUUUGUUGUCGAUAUUUCGCGGUUUACUGUACAUGCAUACAAGCAUAUACAUAGUAGAUGCUUCGGAAAACUGUUCCUGUAUUAUACAUAUAUAUACUUUCAUUUCCUAACUUCAAUUUUGUCGUUAAUAUUAUUCUUUAUUCCAUUGGCCUCUUGGAUAGAUUUUAAUUGCUGAUAUUGAUUAUAGGCUAAUUAAUUAUUAUAAUCAAGAGAGGUUGGCUGUAAACAGUAUAUAACGAGGUAUAUAUUUAUACAUGUAUACAUAUGUACAGGAUGAGUGGAAGUACGUGCCGUUUUUUCGAAUAUUGUCCUCGCAUUUGAAAUUAGGUAUGGUUAUUCAGUACAAACGCACUACCUGAAGAUGGUUUUACUAUAGAAAUUAGAUGGACAGGCCACUUUAGGUGGUACAUUUCUCUCAAAUAACCUUAUAUAAGCAAAAUCUUUGUUUUGCCACAUUCAUUUUAUGUAUCUGUGAAAAUUAGUAAAAAUAUUUUAGGUACGAUGAUACGUAGAGGAUACCGGUGUCAGUUGAAACACGGCAUCGAUUGAAAUAUAGCCGUUUAAUCUACCAUAUAUUUGUAGUGAAUAAACUAUAAUUGUAUAGCUGCAAUUUGUUUUUAAAAAAGUGAGCAAAAUUUCACUAGAAAAAUUCUGUAAGUCAUCGGUAAAAUGAAUUGAGAUAUAACUCAUACAUGUUUCAACUGACACCAAUAUCCCCUACUCACCGUAUCGUUAUGCAUACAUACAUACCAAAAACAUUAUCAUACGCUAGAUAUGUUUUGUAAUUGGUAUAUUUGAUGUAAUAUAAACAAAAAAAAAAAGAUUAAGGCCUAUGAGAAGCUGUUUUCUCGGGCGUCCGAUCUUUUUUUCUUUCUUUUUUUGUUCUAUUCUCCUGCUUUCACUUUUUCGUUCUUCAUACAAAUUUGUGGCAAAUAAUGCUAGAAUAUACAUAUAUGUUGUUCA